ACCACCCGCUUUUUUAUUUUCCUUCCUCUCCCGCCUCCAUCACAACAUGUACAGGCAUCUUGUCCCAUUCCUCGGUCCCAUUCGAUCCACACCCUCCUACUCCCACCUCACACCCCAAUCCUCUCCACCGCCUCGCCCCACCGUAAAGCUCUGCCACUAUCCGUAUUUCGUCAGGCGCAACUCCCGUGCCUCCCUUCCCGUAUACACAGACAUCCGUAACGGUGGCACGAGGCAUCUCGUCCUCAUACGCAACGUACACGGAAACAUCAACUUCCUCGCAGACUCUCUCAGAAAAUCCCUUUUCAAACCUGGCUCUCCCAGUGCUUCUCGUCUCAAAGUAGACGUCGUCGCACAGAGAAAUAUCGUUUUGACAGGAGGUCGAUGGAAAAACGAUGUCAUGCACUGGCUCGUGGCAAAGGGCUUUUAGUUUACCCCUUCUUUACCAUACCAACUUCCCCCCUACUCACGUUCUCACACCUUUUUCAAUAUUAUCCUUUCUUCCCAUUUCAAAAAAAGUCUUCUUCCUGCCUCGUAACACCCGGCGUCCCUACACCACCUCCUAUGUGAACAUGUCAUCUCAUAUCUCAGUUCCUCAGUCCUAUCAAAUAAUUAUUUUUCUCCAUUUCUUUUCACGGUCCAUCUGAGACCGCAUCUUUUGCACGAACAUGCCCUGUUUGUAUAACUACCGUCACUUCCACCGAAGUUCCCUCGGUGAUCAUCAUUCCUGCCAGAGCCUUGUUUCUACAUCUUUUGCCGAACACAAACGCGUCCGUACCCGUGUCCUCGCAACUUACUUCCAUCCUGACGCCUCCUGUGUAUUUUAACUCUUUUUAUUCCACACCCUGUUCUUCUCUGCCCGACACUGGUUUUCCGCUCAAUAUGGGUUAAGCACCACGUUGCCGUACACACAGCGCGCUAACACCCUGCGCUUCACUUUUUCCAACUUACAUCGAACACAUCCAUGAUGCUGUUCCCAAACUAUCAGCUGCGGAGCGCUAUGACCUUGCGUAGGCUCAGAUCCAUCCUGGUCCGAUGGUCGCUGAAACCCGCGUGCUUCCAAGCGUUUCUCCUUCUUUCAUCCACUUUCAAUGCUGUGUCAGUGCGGUCGUUACACUGCUCGAGCUUGAUCGUAAAGUUCAAUGGACAUGAAAAGUAUUCUAGAGGUAGGACCGGAUAGUACCUGCGCAAUGCCGCACUAGAGUUCUUGAUUGCCCUGUGAUAUGCAGUGGGUAUGCAUUGGCUUUGACAAAUGGAGGACUACCGGUGAC